GAAUUGCCUGCAAUCACAUGGUGUCUGACAGCUUUUACCUUCUUCCGGGAUUUCCCCCAGCUCCUUACAUUACGGUAUUUAGCAGGUCCCUCCGAGUCUCAGCUGAAGUACAUUGGUACACCCACAUUAUCCUUCUUGUUCUGUAGAUGUGUUCUGCACUGUGGGAAACACAUGGUAAUUGUGAAUGUCAUCGCAAUUACAGGUAGAGGCCCAACAACACCUGCCCUGGGCGCACUCAAGUGCAGUCCUCGUCCUGUUCUUUUUGAUGAGCGCCCUCCCGGCUCCUGUCAGCGUGUUGCCUUCUUCGUUCUACCACACGGGAUAUUUGUAAUCCACUGGGACAUCUACACGGACCAGGCUGGAGUCUUUUGUUAUCCAGUCAUUGUAACAGUCAGUACGUCCAUGAGUUGCAAUGUUGGGGAGGAAGCUAGGCAAAAAGACUGCUCAGGCCAAGGGCCGAGGUGCUGCUGCUGCAAAGGAGUUGGGGCUCUUUGUAGAUUUCAGUCCAGAGGAUAUGAUGCUUGGCAUUCCAGAUGACCCAGACGAUGGAGACCUGGAAGCUGAAUUGGCAGCUUUAACUGGAGUAAAGGCAGUAUCAAAACCAAAGCCUAAAGGGAAAGCCCCUCUCCCUAUGGAAGAGAUUGAGAAGAUGGCGCAGGAUUGUAUGACAGACAUGACUGGGGAGGAUGACGACGACGAUUUGGAAGAAGAUGAAGAAUUGCUGGCUGAGCUACAGGAUGUUGUUGGUGAGGAAGAGGAGGUGGAACAGUCACAGCCUAGUGAUACUGAAGAGUCAGAGCCUUCUGCAUCUGAGACACAGGAACACACAGAGCCUGAACAGCAAGUCAACUCUUCAGUAGCAGAAAUUCAACAUAAUUUACAGGUCCCUGCUGGAGGAAUGCUCCAGGUUUUAGAAGAACGGAUUGGCAAUUACAAGGAAGCAAUCAGCAAUGCCAAACUGUCCAAUGAGAGUGCCAAGGCUAGACGCUAUGAACGGGGGCUAAAGACACUUGAAUCUAUGCUAAGUGCUGCAAGGCAAGGGAGGACAGUAAUUGAGGCAGAUAUCCCACCUCCAGUGGCUUGUGGGAAACCUGCUGUAAGCCCAACAACUGAUGUUCCAACAACUGACACAAGCAAGCAGGGGCUGGGAGAUUUGAACGAUGUACCAAUGGAAACAACAGAAGCUGUUACAAACCUUGAAAAGCCAGAGGACCCUGUCAGUAAGGCCACAACUAAUGAUGGUGGAGCUGUGGAAAAGACACAUGUUGCUUCUGAGAAUGAUACAGACUCGAAAACCGUGUUGCUCCUGAGACAGAGAGAUUACAAACUGGCAGCACUAAAAGCUAAACAAACAGGAGACAUUGAAAAGGCCAAGGAAUACAUGAAGAUUAGUAAGAAAUUUAGUGUAGUCUUGGAAGCUCUGGAAAGUGGACAGCCUGUGGAUCUCAGCAACAUGCCUGCCGCUCCAGAAGAUCAUGAAGCAAUGGUAACAGAAUCCAAGAUCAUAGCACAUCCAACUCCAGCACCUCCUGUGUCCAACAUUUUAAACACACAAGGAUCUUCAGUUGGCUCAUUAUUGCAAGCUCUACAGCAGAGAAUGGAAAAGUACAAAUCUGCAGCACAGCAAGCUAAGAGCAGUGGAGAUGAUCGGAAGGCCAGAAUGCAUGAGAGAAUUGCCAAGCAAUACCAGGAUACCAUCCGAGCCCAAAAAGCCGGAAGACAGGUGAACCUGGCAGAACUUCCUGUGCCACCAGGAUUCCCUCCACUACCUGGCAUGGAGCAAACAGAGGAAGAAGGGAGUGUAGAGAAGGCACUUGAGGCAGCCCAGAAGUUGGCAAAAACUGCAGGGGAAGAUGUUGAUGAUGAUGAGGAUGAAUGUCAAGCAAAGCCACCAGGACACCCUAAACCCACCCAACUAGUGAAACCACUAGUGAUGCCUGCUAUAUCAGACAACGAGGAGAGGUUGUUACCCAUCAAAGCCCCAGUAAAAGUAGCAAGUGAAGAAACAUUUCCUCCUGCAGUACAAGAACAACUGGAAUUCUUGGAACACCGCAAAAAACAAUACAGAAAAGCUGCUCUCCAGGCCAAGCAAAAAAAUGACCUUGAACAAGCCAAACAACACAUGAGAGUUGCCCACACCCUCCAAGUCUCAAUUGAUCAAGUGAAAAGCGGAAAACUUGUGGACAUCUCCAAGGUGCCAUCUCUUCCAGAUGAUGAGGAAAGUGACUUUGUAGUUGUUGAACAUGAAGACAUAAAGUCACCACAGAACUCAGAGGAUGUGUACAACAUGUUAAUGAAGCUCCUGCAUGAACAGCAUGAGAAAUGCAUACGUUAUUCAAAGCAGUUUACACAGAUGGGCAAUGUUGCAGAAACCACAAGGUUUGAGAAUAUGGCUGAGGACUGCAAGAAAAACUGUGAGAUCCUUCAGCUGUCCCAAGCUCAAGGCCUUGACCCUCCUCCCUACCACUUUGAAGACAAGACAUUAAAAAUCGUCAGGGUUUUCUCUGAGCUCAGCAGCACAGAAAUGCUACUAAUCAUUGUACGUGGAAUUAACUUACCAGCCCCAUCAGGAGUCGCGCCCAAUGAUUUGGAUGCCUAUGUGAAGUUUGAAUUUCCAUAUCCAAGCUCGGAACAGCCUCAAAAAAAUAAAACCUUGGUAAUUAAAAACACCAACUCCCCAGAAUAUGAACAGUCAUUCAAACUAAACAUAAACCGGAAUCACAGGGGCUUCAAACGAGUCAUUCAGACCAAAGGCAUCAAGUUUGAAAUCUUUCACAAGGGGUUUUUUCUUGUGAGAAGUGAUAAACAGGUUGGAUCUGCGAGUGUAAAACUGGACAAGCUGGAGACUCAGUGUGAGAUCCGAGAGAUCGUAGAGGUUUUUGACGGUAGGAAGCCGACUGGUGGUAAAUUGGAAAUUAAGGUGCGGCUAAGGGAUCCUCUAAAUGGCCAGGACCUUCAGGUGGUGACUGAGAAGUGGCUGGUGAUGGGACAUGUUCCUCGAAAGAAAGUCCGGCUUGAGACUUCCUGUUCGGCGCCUGAGGUGAUGGAAGCACAGAGGUAGAGCUCCUGCUUACCAGGGUCGAGAGUCGGCACAUAGAAGCUGUUCUCUUCAUUUGAAAUUUGUUCGUGUUGGUUCCCGGAGUGAGGAGAGCCAGAGGAGCAGAGAGGAAGCAGGUUUUUUGGUGAUUUGGCUUCGUAUGACUGCUGAGGUGUUCCUGAUGUGCUGAGCUCUUUAGUUACCUCAGAUUCUGCCAUUGCAUUUGUCAAGCCCACGCUGUUUUCGAGAUUCACCUGUGAACUUGCGGUUCUCUUAACCGGGGGCUCUGCUGCAUACUGGUUAUAUACUACAUUUUGAGUCAGUUGUGGCAAGUUCUAAGCAACAUAUUUCUAACAAAAUGGUGGCCUCUGAUUUCCUGCUGGGACACUGAGUUAUCAGCUAACUUAGUCAGAGCUGCUUGCUGAGUCUUAUUUUGUGUCACAUUGUUUCAAUCUUAGUGACAGGAAUUUGUCACAAAAAAACAGUUAUCUCUCUGCUGACUAAGACUAAACAUUGUUAGUGAUUGCUGUCAUUACUGAGACUUUUGUUACACCUUUAUUGUAUACAAUGUUGCAAUUGCUUGAGGAGGAUUGUAACCAUAGCAACAAAUCAAUGGUUACUUCUUUGUGAAAGGAAAACAGAGACAAAGAAUAAAACAAGAAGGAAAAAUUGACUUGUAAUAAAAGUUUUAUUAAUAUUGGGAUUGUUGCUCAGGUUUUCUAAUAUAUGAAAACGUAUUCUCCUUCCUUGACAAUGUCUUCUAAAGCUAAUGGCAAAACAUAUGAGAAGGCUAACAAGAAAAAUGUAAAGCUACAGGAUAGGGAUACAAAUAGUAUUUUCUUAUGUCACAACUCUGCUCCUACAAGAACAUCUUUAUCUAACGACUACUCUCUUAUUGCGGCUGAAGUAGCCAGACUCAUCAAUCCAGUUAUAGAGUCAACAAUUAGUAAGGCCAUUGACAAACUGCAGAUCAAAAUUACUAGCAUCUCAGAAAAGCUCUCUACACAUGAUAAAAGAUUUGGCGAGAUCGAGGAUGUGGUUUCUCAACUCCAAGAUGAUAUGAUUGAUUCUUCAUCCAGGUUGGACUCUUUAGAGAAACAAAAUCAAGAGCUUAAGUUGAAAGUGGAUGACCUGGAAAAUAGAUCUCGGAGAAACAAUCUCAGAUUCAUAAACAUUCCUGAAUCUUUCCAGAAUGAUUCCUUAAGCAUGUUAAUUUCCAAAGCAAUUCCCAUCAAAUUGGGUCUUCCUCAGGAUUGUCAAUGUUUCAAAAUAGAGAGACUUCAUAGGAUUGGUCCACCUAAAGAUCUCCAACCCAUGAGACCAAGAGCAAUAAUUGUCAAAUACCUGGACUACACAGAUAAAAAUAGAUUAUUUCAAGCCUACAAAAAAUUUAAUACACUUGAUGUUGAAGGAAAUAAAAUUUUGAUAUUUCAAGACUACUCAUUGCUUCUGUCUCAAAAACGAAAGGAAUUUUCCAAAACUUGCCAAUCACUGGCUAAUCUUCAUAUCAAUUUUGCCUUGAUGUAUCCUGCUAAACUUAAGAUUUUUCUGCCUUCUGGAGCCAGGGUUUUUAGUGAUCCUAGAGAGGCGCACACUUUUGUUUCACAUAUGGAAAAGAAGAAUAGUGGAAAUCUUGCUUUGGUAACACCAUCUAACUCAAAAUGUGGCUCUCCCCAAAAGGAUCAAAGAUGGAAGAGAUACGAUACCCCUCGACAGUCUAGAUUUUCUAAGGACUCAAAACCUUCUCAAGUUCAGACCAAAUUUAGGUCUAGGUCGAGAUCUCCACUUCCUCCUAGAACAGGCAGUCUUCCACAUUCCAGUGAAGAAGAUAUGAUCCCUGAUACUUGACUCUAAAAGGGAAUAAACUUUUUCUUCAAUAUGACCCUGUAGCGGGUGUUAUAUUCUCUGUUUAACUCGUCUCAUAGAGAGAGAGUUGUUAGUUUUCCAUCCUUAGGGAAAAAAGGAAGUGUCCUAUUACUUAGUAUACCAAAUUUGUUAUUCGGUUCUAUAAGUCACUAUCUUUUAAUUUUACAUGUUAUUACUGAUCAGUAUUGUUUGCUCUGUUUUGUUUAUACCAGUGGAUGUAGCUAUAUAUGUAUUAUUUUACUUAAAUCAGCUCAAGCUCAUCUUUCAGGUUGAUGUCUUCAUCUAGAUCAUAUUCCUUGUCCUUUGUUUCCUGGAAUGUCAAUGGAUUAAAUCACUUUUCUAAGAGAAGGAGUAUACUUAGUAGUUUAAAAAAUACCAAAUGUGACAUAGCAUUCCUACAAGAAACCCAUCUUAAUGGUUCAGAGAAUGCUUGGUUGAAAAAAGAUUGGGUUGGUGAGCUAGCCUUCUCCCCUGCUGUUAAGAAAAAAUGUGGAGUAGCUAUUUUAUUUCAUCGUAAACUGAAUGUUGCUAUAACAAAGUCGAUAGAAGAUGAAUUUGGCAGAUUUAUUUACACUGAAGUACUCAUUAAUGAUGUUGUGUGGCACUUGUGUUCCGUUUAUGCUCCAAAUAGUUCUAAGUCUGAUUAUUUUAAUUGGCUCAAAAAACAAAUUUCUAUGCUUCCUGCUAACAAUAUAAUUCUAGCAGGAGAUUUAAAUGAGUCUUUUCUUAGUUCUUUAGACAGAUCAGAUUGAAAAUUGAAUAAUCCUUGUAAGAAAUCUAUGCUCCUACAUAAUUUUUGCAGAGAUACUAACCUUAAUGAUGUUUGGAGACUUUUUCACCCUGCUGAAAAAGAUUUUACCUUUUUCUCAUCUGCUCAUCAUGUAGGUACAAGAAUAGAUUAUUUUCUAAUUUCCAAUAAUCUGAUAAAUAGAACUAUUGAAGCAACUAUAGGAGACAUUAAUAUCUCAGACCAUGCACCAAUCUCAUUUGUGGUCUCCAUUUCACCUGCACCUAGAAACUAUGUCUCUUGGUCCUUUCCUGAUUCGCUUAAAGAUAAUCCAGACUUCAUUAAGAUGCUACAUAGCAGAUGGGAUUUGUUUUUCAAGGAAAACGAAUUACAUUCAAAAGAUCCAUCCUUAUUAUGGGAAACUUGGAAGGCAGUGGUUAGAGGGGAAAUAUCUUCUUUUAAAUCUCACUUCUUUAGGAAAGUUCACAAAAACUUUCUUGAGUUGAGUAAAAGACAAAGCAUCUCUUACAUUCGAUUUAAACAACAUCCCUCAUUUGAGUGCUCAAAAAUAUAAGAAUAUUUUAGAUGAACUUAAAAUUUGGAUUAAAUUGAGACAAAAUUUUUUUGCAUCUUUUUCGCAGGCUAGGCUUAAAAACUUAAGUAAUAAAGCAAAUAAUUUGCUUUUUAAUCUUACUAAGGCUGAAAAUAAGCAGGCUAAACUUAUUAAGAUUAAAGAUACUCAUGAUCAGCUAACAAAUGAUCCCAAUAAAAUUGUAAGCAUUUUCAAAGAUUUUUAUAAAGAUUUGUACUCUAAUCCAAAUAUAAACUCUGAGAAAAUGCAAGAAUUUUUUGUAAAUUGUAAAAUCCCCCAGAUUUCAAAGGGUCAGUUGGAAAAGCUAAAUAGUCCAAUUUCCUCUGAGGAAGUGUCCACUAUUAUUAAUCAUCUGAAAACUGCAAAGGCAGGUGGCCCUGAUGGCCUAACUCCUUCUUUCUACAAAAUUAUGAAAGAUAAAAUCUCACCCUUUUUAACAAACCUAUUCAAUGAUAUAUUAUUCUUUGGAAAGAGCCUACCUUCUAGUGAAAUAUCAAAUCUUAGAGUUAUCCCAAAAAAAGACAAAGCCUUAUCCCUUCCCUCCUCCUAUAGGCCUAUUUCCUUGUUAAAUCAAGAUAUCAAGAUACUAUCCAAGGUCCUUUCUUCCCUCUAUAAUAUCCGAGGCCCAAAAUGGUUUUAUUAAGAAUAGGUCAGGAGUAAAGAAUAUUAGGGCUCUGAUCCAUAUCUUAUACUUUGCCAAAAAACAUAAAAUCCCCAGUUCUAUUUUUAAUAUUGAUGCUGAAAAGGCGUUUGAUAAUAUUACCUGGGAUCAUCUAUUUGUUUGCCUUUAGAAAUUUGGUAUCACAGGCCCCUUUUUCCAAUAUAUCAAAUAUCUUUACAAAAAUCCCAGAACACAAAUAAUUUUGGGGGGAGCUAGGUCGCCACCUUUUAAAAUAUUUAAAGGGACAAGACAGGGCUGUCCUUUGUCGCCCCUUUUAUUUAAUAUUGCUCUAGAACCGCUAAUUCGUUUCCUUGAUCAAUCCAAGUCAAUUUCGGGAAUUACCAUUAAUAGAAGACAUCUCAAGGUAUUAGCCUUUGCCGACGACUUAUUACUAAUUUUAAAAAAUCCUGAGUCCUCACUUAAGGUUGUUUUUGAUUUAUUCCGAGACUUUCAGUCCUUCUCUGGUUAUAAAAUUAAUGUUGAGAAAUCGGAAGUAAUGAAUAUUUAUGGUUCUUUUUCUAAAUCUUUACUUAAGAAAUUCCAACUUAAAAACCCAAAGAAUCAGAUCAAAUAUUUAGGAUUAAUAAUUCCAUCAGAUCUAAAUAAUUUAUAUUCUUUGAAUAUCACUCCAGCCUGUCAAAAGGUUUUUUCCAUGUGUGAAAAAUGGGCUAAUUCUCCCCUUAAUAUAAAGGGACGAGCACUCUUUUUUAAAUCUUUGAUAUUUCCCAAGUUAAUAUAUCCAUAAAUUAAUCUCCCCUUGCUUAUAAAACAUUUUGAUAUUAAGAAACUUGACUCUGCCUUAAAUAAAUUUAUUUGGAAUGGUAAAAAGGCAAAAAUUGCACUUCAUAAAUUAAGAGCUCCAGUUAAACUUGAAGGGUUAAAUCUUCCUAACUUUAGAGCUUUUAAUUUAUCAGCCCUCACUAGAUACUGUAUUGAGUGGAUCUCUCAAGGCAAUAAAUUUACAAACCCUGACAUCGAGAUCUUUCAAGAACCCUUCUUUGAUAUUUUAUCUGUUUUACAUAGCAAAUGGGGAAUUGUUCCUUGUGACUUUAAAAGGAAUCCUCUUUAUCGUGAAAACAUUUAUUCUCUCAACAUGGGUAUAGUUAUACAGAAACCCCUUUCAUGCCAGCAAAGCUCUUACUUAAACCCUCAGAUUAUCAAAAGUCUGAUUCCUUUCUAUUUUCUGCUAAGAGAAAUUUACUAGUCUUAGUUAAAGACUUAUUUGAUCCACAUAAGAAAACUUUAUUAUCUUGGUCAAAACUCAAAAAUGAGUACAAGCUUAAUGAAUCUGAUAGAUAUUAUUACUUAGCUUGUCAAUGCGGUCUUUCUCUACUGCAUGAUAAAAACAAUUUGAUUUUAGCUGACCACAAGCUAGCAGAUGAUUUGGCAGAAUUUUUGGAACUCCCCUGUUUGAUUUCAAUUAACUCUUUAUCUAAAAAAUUUUGGAAUAUUUAUGGUA